AUGUGUGGAAUCCCAGUCUUCUGCUGGAUCACUGCUACAGUUCUGGAGAACAUGAUGACCUCAGAGCAGAGAGGAGAGCUGCCCAAGACCAUGACUGACAUGUACUCACACUUCCUGCUGGUCCAGACAAAGAGGAAGAAGAACAAGUACCAUGGAGGACAUGAGACAAGUCCACAGGAGCUGAUGGAGGCUGACAGGAAAGUUCUUCUGAAGCUGGGGAGGCUGGCGUUGGAACAUCUGGAGAAAGGAAAUAUCAUGUUCUACCAAGAAGACCUGGAGCAGUGUGGACUGGAUGUCACAGAGGCCUCAGUGUACUCAGGAGUUUGUACAGAGAUCUUCAAAAGAGAGAGUGGGAUCUGCCAGAAACCAUUCUACUGCUUUGUUCAUCUGAGCAUUCAGGAGUUUCUGGCUGCAGUUUACAUGUUCCACUGUUUCACCAGCAGGAAGACAGAAGUGAUGGAGAAGUUCCUGGGAGAAAAUUACAGUGAAACAUCUCUGGAGGAUUUUAUGAAGAGAGUUAUGUCUAAAUCCUUUCGCAGUAAAAAUGGCCACCUGGACCUGUUUGUUCGCUUCCUUCAUGGACUCACUCUGGAGUCCAACCAGAGUCUGUUAGGAGGCCUGCUGGGUCAGAUAGAGAUCCGUCCAGAAACCAUCCAGAGAGUCAUUGACAAUCUGAAGGAGAUGAACUCUGAUAGAAUCUCUUCUGACAGAAGCAUCAACAUCUUCCAAUGUCAGGUGGAGAUGAACGACCUCUCAGUGUUUCAGGAGAUCCAACAGCUGCUGAAAUCAGGGAAUGAACUGUCAGAGAUCCAGUGUUCAGCUCUGGCCUUCAUGCUGCAGAUGUCAGAGGUUCUGGAUGAGUUGGACCUGGAGAAAUACAACACAUCAGAAUCAGGACGACUGAGACUGGUUCCAGCUGUGAGGAACUGCAGAAAGGCUCRACUUGGUGGCUGUAAACUCAGUGAGGCUGAAUGUGAAGUUGUGGCUUCAGCUCUGAAGUCCAACCAACAUCUGACUGAACUGGAAAUCAAUCAGAUCCACAUAAAUAAAACCAUUACGGACUCUGAACUGAAUCAUGUGUGUGAGAUCCUUCAGAGUUCAGUCAGUAAAGUGACGAGUCUGAGGUUUGUUUUCUCUAUUUAUCCUAUAAAAUCUUUCAUUGAUACUUUAAUAUUUAUCUUCACAUUUAUUUUGUUUUCUUUAAAAACAAUCUGAUCUAGAAAUGUCAUGCUUCAUCAGGUCACUGAUCAGAAACUUUAGAGCUGAUUCAGAAUUAAUCCAUCAUGUUUCUGAUGAUCAAUAAUGAUCAGAUG